AUGGAUGCUGCCCUGGAUCAUUAUGGUGACCCAAGUUAUACUUAUUCUUCUUUUCCGAAUGACAGUAUCAAUUAUGGGAAUGUUUCAGAAGAGAUUUCAUCUCGUAAUACCACUGAUUAUGGAAGCCGCAACAUUAUCGAUGAUAGUGUAGGUAUUCGUAUCUCCAUAUUGGUCAUCUGCAUUUUCGGAGCUGUGGGGAAUGGGAUUGUCAUCUGGCUUCUAGGCUUCUUCAUUAAGAGGAAUCCUUUCAGCACCUACAUCUUGAACUUGGCCGUCGCUGAUUUCGGGGUCCUCCUAGCAGCUACAUUUCUUGUUGUUGGUUAUUGGAUUGUAUUUGUUCAUGCUACUCACGCUAUAUUCUUUAUCUUCUUUUUCAUAUUCCUAUUCCUAGCGACAUACAGCAGUAGUCAAUUUCUGCUGACGGCUAUCAGCAUUGACAGGUGUGUGGCCGUCUUCUUCCCACUUUGGCAUCGAUGCCACCGGCCACCGCAUUUGUCCACCAUUGUGUGUGCACUGAUUUGGGUCCUCUCCUUCCUGCUUACUGCAAUUACCUACACUCUCAUGUUUCUUUAUUCACAUGACAAAAAUAUUGAACAGUCUUACCAGUUUUUUGUGAAUUCCCUGCUGUGCCUCCCGGUCAUAACGAUUGCCACUCUGGCCCUUUUCAUUAAAGUCUGUUUGAAAGCACGACAGCAUCGAAGGGGGAAGCUUUUGACCAUCAUCUUGCUCACUCUUCUCUUCUUCCUCCUCUUUGCUUUCCCACUGAAUGUCAUAGAGAUCCUCUCCAUUUUCAAUUACUUACCAAUCUACUUAACACACAGUGCACUGCUAUUGGCCUGUUUAAAUAGCAGCGUAAACCCAGCUAUUUAUAUCCUGGUUGGGAGACAAGGGAAGUCUAGACAGAGGGAGAACAUGAAGAUGGUCUUCCAGAAGGUUUUCAAGGAGGAAGAAACCUGUACUGAGGAAACCCCAGUUGAAACCCAGUUAUAA